UUUUCCUUUAUAACUUCCCUUUGUAUUAUCAACUCACAGAAAGCGGCUAAGAACUUCUUCCUGAGUCUGCAAUAGAACGAUUUCAGGGGAUCCAUUUUCCUUCCAUUUGAAAAUCCUUCUUACUGGAUUAAGAAAAGAUGGCAGGUGUGAGCUCAUGUAUGAAAUACUCCAUGUUCAUCUUCAACUUUUUAUUUUGGAUAUGUGGAUCUAUUAUUCUGGCAGUCUCUAUAUGGAUGCGUGUCAGCAAAGAUGCUCAGAACGAACUUGAGAUAGACCCCACUUUGUUUUCUGCUGUUAACCUUCUCAUUGCUGUGGGCGCUGUCAUCAUGGUGCUUGGUUUUCUAGGUUGCUGUGGUGCCAUGAAGGAAAGCCAGUGCAUGCUCCUCCUGUUUUUCAUUGGACUACUGAUGAUUCUGCUUCUUCAAAUCGUAGCCGGCAUUUUGGGAGGAAUAUAUAAAUCUCAGAUUGAAAGCAGCUUAAACCAGACUCUCCAGAAGGAAAUUGCCUUAUUGCAAAGUGCUUCAAGCAGUGAUAAGGAUUUUCUGGAAGGCUUUCACAAAUUUGAGAUAAAGAACAAAUGUUGCGGUGUGCUUAAUGGACAUUCAGAUUGGGGGAAAAACCGUGCUCUUUACAAUGGCUGUGAAUGUGAAAAGGAAGAGUUAGCUACAAGUGUCUGUGAAGGAAUUUGGUAUAAAAAGAGUUGUUCAACUGUGAUUAUGGAAAUCUUAAAGAACAAUAUGGUCAUAGUUAUGGGGAUAGCAUUUGGACUGGCAUUUAUUGAGAUUAUUGGUCUGGUGUUUUCAAUGAGCCUUUACUGCCAGAUCCAGAGAAAAUGAAACCAUGGAAGUGUCAGAAAUAUGUCAUCAGCCAAAUGAGAAAGCUUUGUAGAUUGAGGAAUCGGUAUUUGGUUUGGCAUCCACCAAUAAAUGACAGAAGUAGUUGUGAUGAUAACAGCAGAAGCACUGAUGGAAAAAGAUACUUCAUGAGUUAUGAGUUACAAAUCUGUUUAAAAUUAGGGAAAUUAAUGAUCUGUAGCUGGAUUUUUUUUAAAAAAUGCAUCACAUACAAUUUGUGUUUUGGAGGGUGGCAAUUUGUAACCGAUCUGAAGAUGACCCUUCAAAAAGCACUUGCUCCAUAUUAUGCUAACCCAACAUAUUGUUUUCCACUUAUCUGGUAACUAUAACUGUUUUCUGAAUUAAAGCUGAUGCCUACUUCACCAUUUCAGCUAAUGAAGUUUAUAGUUUUAUAUAUGUGACCCCAUACACACAAGCAUAUACAAGUAAAAUUCUUGCUUCCCAACUCUGCAUGCAGAGACAUAUAUACAUGUUUCACCUUUUAACAUUGCUGAAAUGCUGUGAAACUUGCCUGCUCUUUGAACAAAUUGAUCGAUCAAUCUGUCCAAUCAAUCCAAUGGAGCCAGAUUAUCUGUAUCACUAGAGGCUGGCCUGAGAGGUGCAAGCAAGCUUUUAACAGUAACUCUUGAAAAGCCAGAACAGGCAGUCUCUAUAAAGUUGGGCUUUAUAGGGUUUUUUUCCUUAUUUGCAACAUAAUCAUACAUGUUAGAGUUAAAUGGUAAUUUCUCUUGAGAAAGGAGGUAUAGGUAUAGGUAUAGGAUUAUGGCUUCUUUCCUGGCAUUAUUUCACAGCUUAUGGGUAAACUGGGCUAGCCAUCUAGCAAACAAUAGCUUACUAAAUGGUGUAUGUUAUGCAGUGCUGAGGUAGUUGUUAAUCUCCUGCUAAGAGACAAGGAGAAUUUCAUCACUGUUCUGCAACUUAUCUAGAUAACCUGCCUUUUCCAUAAUAAACAUAUAACAUGUAGCUUCCAGAAUAAACGAGGCACUGAUAUGCAUAUGUACAAAUAUAGGUACAUUUACACACAUACAUGCAUACAUACUGUGUAUAUCUAUAGCUAUGUAGACAGUCAAGAGAAUUCCUACACUCUUUCAUCUGUGCUUUUAUCCUAUUUACACUUUCAUCCUUAUUGUGUAUGGAUAUAAAUUAGACCUGAUAUUAAAGAUGUAUGUCCAAGGCCUUCAGGUAUAAUUUGAGCAUUGAGAGAAAACUGCUUAAAACAAGUAUAAUUUUGUGUACCAACAUGAAUUCUUCAGAAUCCAAAACACUUCUCAUUAAUAUUUAUGAGAAUUAAUAUUUAUUGCCCCCUACUCUUCCAUACUUGCAGUUGUCCAAAAGCUAAUCGUACUGGCUGCAAAGUGGCACUUGAAAGGAGACUGUUUUCUGACCUGUAAACAUUUCUGGAACAUAAUAAAGGAUUUCACAUAAUCAAA